AUGAAUGAGGAUAACGAGAAAGAUACCAGUAGCCCCAUGGCUGUCUCUGGGCCAAGCUCUGCACCUUCUGACUAUGAAGAGGCUGAGCCUCCGGUCGUUGCUUUCAAGACAUGGAUUGUUGCUUUGAUCCUAUCCUGCGGCUAUGGUCUCUCUUUCUGGCCCGUCCCCGUCGUGUCCGCCAUCGGUUCUUCGGUUUCAGCAGACCUGGGAGAUGCCAAUGGGUACAUCUGGUUUGUUCCGGCUUGGACAAUCUCGAUUACAUGUUCCUUCCUACUCUUUGGACCGAAUACCGAUCUUUUGGGCCGACGCUGGUUCCUUGUGAUGGGCAACCUGGUCACCUUUGCAGGUCACAUCAUUAUUGCCUCCGCCAAAAACACCAACCAGAUUAUUGCAGGACUGGCUGUGUCUGGAUUUGGUGGAGCAAACUGUCAGAUGGCUGCAUUCGCACUUCCAGAGCUGCUGCCCAACAAAUGGCGUCACAUCGGUGUUGUUUUCGCUGACAUGACUGUGUACAUCGCAGUCAUCGUCGCACCAGUGACAGCCCGCUUCGGCUAUGAGAUGAACACCUGGCAAUGGAACUUCUGGGGAGUAGCUAUCUUCCAGGGCCUUUCCUUCGUCGGACUUUUGUUGCUCUACCACCCUCCCAAGCACCCGCUCGGUAUCUCCUACAAGGAAGCAUUCAAGUCCAUGGACUACCUGGGUGGGUUCCUUUUCGUAGGCGGUAUCGUCCCCUUCCUCAUGGGCAUCGUCUGGGCCAGCGUCUACUCCUCCACAGACCCACACGUUGUGGCAACACUAGUCGUCGGAGCAGUCGUUCUUGUCCUCUUCGCUCUCUGGGAAACAUACGGUAACCUCAAGUACCCCUUGACACCCACAGCAAUUUUCACCAGCUCCUAUGGCCGUGACUUCACUGCCCCAGUCAUCGCGCUGGGGGUCAUCAACAUGUUCUACUACUCCUCCAGCAUCCUGUGGCCCCAGAUGAUCACUGUUUUCUACACUAACGGCGGCGCGGACUGGAAAUACGCUGUUGUUCUUUCUCUGCCGCAGGGCCUGGGUAUUCUUUUCGGUGCCCUGCUACUCACGUUCUUGGGUAGCUACAUUCGUCACUGGCAGUGGCAGUUAACCAUCUCUGUAUUCGUGAUGGUGUUUUUCGGCUCUUUGCUCGGCCUGGUCUCGCCGCAUAACAAGGGCAUGAUGAUUGCAUUCUUGUUUCUAUCUCAGGUCGGCUUUGGAUGGGCAAUUUACCUGAGUAUUGCUAUAACCCAGAUGGGUGUUGAGCAGCAGAACCUUGGUGUUAGUGGUGGUAUCUCUGGAUGUAUUCGAUUUGCGGCUGGUGCAGUUGCUACGACGAUUUACGAAACUGUUUUCAGCAAGAGCUUGACCAAGUACAUGGAAAAAUACAUCCCAGCUGCUGUGACUGCUGCUGGUUUAUCUGAAUCCAAGGUUGAAGGACUGAUGUCUGUUGUAUCGGGUGGUGCUUCGGCUUUGACUUCGUACAGUCCGGCUGUUGCUUCUGCCGCCGAGGCCGCUCUCAAUGACGCCUACUGCAAAGCUAUCUUUGUAGUGGCAAUGGUGUCCAUGGCUUUUGGCAUUGUUGGCCUUAUUGCCUGCCUAUGCUGCAAAGAUGUCGAUUCAAAGAUGACUAAUAAGAUUGAGGUAUACCUUGAGAACACAAGUCUGGCCGAGAGAAACACUUUCCACUGA